AUUUUUGACUGUAAACAUCCUGCUCAUUUAAAAGGACACUGAGCGGGAGGAAGGCAACUGGCGCCAUCUUGGUUGUAUUAAUGAGUACGACAAGCGAGAAUUGGCAGGGAGAAAUAACAUAAACAUUUAUAUUUAAUUUGGGGGUCGAAUAGGCGGAGUAGCCCCCUUGUGUGAGAUCCACGAACAGGGGCAAUGUUCUACGCCCACUUUGUCCUCAGCAAAAGGGGGCCGCUAGCCAAGAUCUGGCUGGCGGCCCACUGGGACAAGAAGCUGACCAAGGCUCACGUGUUUGAAUGCAACCUUGAGAGCAGUGUGGAGAGCAUCAUCUCACCCAAGGUGAAAAUGGCUCUGCGCACAUCUGGUCACCUGUUGCUGGGCGUGGUUAGGAUCUACCACAGGAAGGCCAAGUAUCUGCUAGCCGAUUGUAAUGAGGCCUUCAUCAAGAUCAAAAUGGCCUUCCGUCCAGGCGUGGUCGAUUUGCCAGAGGAGAACAGAGAGGCAGCCUACAAUGCCAUCACCUUGCCAGAAGAGUUCCAUGACUUUGACCAACCACUACCUGAUCUUGAUGACAUAGAUGUGGCCCAGCAGUUCACCCUCAACCAGAGUCGAGUGGAGGAGAUUACCAUGAGGGAGGAUGUGGGGAACCUCAGUCUGAUGCAAGAUAACGACUUUGCUGACUUUGGUAUGGAUGACCGGGAGAUGAUGAGAGUGGAGGGCGCCUUUGAGGAGGACAUCAUCCACGGUUCCACCGCCUCCAAUCUGCUCCUCGAAACGGAACCUGGCCCAGCCCACCUGCCUGACAAGUCCAACCACAUGGAGUAUGAUGACUUCGGAGACAACACUAUGGGCAACAGCGACGGAGGGAUGCUAGUCGACAAGCUUUUGAGCAGCGAGGACGGUGGCGGCAUCUUUGAUGAUCCCCCAGCCAUCACCGAGAGUGUGAUGAUGCCUCCGGACCAUGGCGAUGACGAGGAUGACUUUGACAACCUCCAGUCCCCCGGACCAGACAGCCCAGACUCUGGCCCAGCUGAGCCCCUACCUGCCAUGGCAGACCAGACAGAGCAGACCACCCUGGUCCACAAUGAGGAGGAGGCCUUUGCUUUGGAGCCAAUUGACAUCACUGUGAAGGAAACCAAGGCAAAGCGCAAAAGGAAGCUGAUUGUGGACAGCGUGAAGGAGCUAGACAGCAAGACCAUUCGUGCCCAGCUCAGUGACUACUCUGACAUCGUCACCACCCUAGACCUGGCCCCACCCACCAAGAAGCUGAUGAUGUGGAAGGAGACCGGAGGGGUGGAGAAGCUGUUCUCCCUCCCUGCCCAGCCGCUCUGGAAUGGCAGGCUGCUCAAGAUGUUUACCCGCUGCCUGACGCCCCUCGUGCCAGAUGAGCUGAGGAAGAGGAGGAAGGGAGGCGAAGCUGACAGCCUGGAUGAGUUCCUGAAGGAGCUGGAGAACCCAGAGGUGCCAAGAGAAGAGGCCAUGUCCCAGCACAGGGAUGUCAUUGACCAGACCAUCAUGGAGGAGCCCAGCAUGCUCCAGGCCUCAGCCAUGGAGGGCAGCAGGACCUCCCUGGAUGAGACCGUCAUGCCCCCCCCAUCAACCCCUCGUGGGGUUAAACGCAAGGCCCACGAUAAAGAGGCCACCCUGCCCAUGGGCUCACUGGAGCAGGCGGCCGAGCGCUCAGGGUUGUCCCAGAGGCUGGAGCUACCUCAGGUGGACCUGCCUCCAGAGGAGGGCUUGAACCUCACUCAACUGGUGCCUGAGCUGGACCUGCUGGGAGACAAGGAGAAGAAGGACGACAGUGAUGAGGAGGAGGAGGAGGAGGGUCAGGGUGGAGAUCAGGACCAGGAGGAGAAGAGAUGGAACAAGAGGACUCAGCAGAUGCUCCAUGGUCUUCAGCGUGUCAUGGCCAAGACUGGUGCAGAGUCAGUCAGCCUUCUGGACCUCAGCAGGAAUAACAACAAGAAGCAGGCUGCUGCCAAGUUCUACAGCUUUCUGGUUCUGAAGAAGCAGCAGGCCAUCGAGCUCAACCAAGCCGAGCCCUACAGUGACAUUAUUGCAACAGCUGGACCAAGAUUCCACCUCAUUUAGACAUCACACAGACAAGGCUUUGCAACAGUUUUUACUGAACUCGUAUGUUUUUAUUUACUGUUUUGUUUCUUGUUGGCUGAGCCCUGUAUGUCAUUUUUGUUCAACAUUAUGACUUUUUAAGCCUUUUACUGUAUCAACCAACAGAAUCAUGCAGUGUAUGUUUCUUUCUUCAUAGUGAGGAGGAGUUGGUGUAUUGGGUAUAUUUAUAUUUCAAUUCAUAUUUUUCCUUUUCACUUUUUGUAAGCUUGCAUCCACAGUACAUUCAUCCCUUGUGUGUAUUUUGUAGAUUAAUUUUCUAAUGUCAUUAAAUGCCAAACUUUGGCACAGAUUAAGAACCCUUCAUUUUCAUAAAUCAUGUACUUGAUGCAAAUAUGUUGUGAAAAGGUACUGUUUUAUCAUAAAAUCCAAGUUCAUCCUCCUUGCACUUCAUAUGUCUUGGUUUUUGCAGUAAUGCCAAAUUAAAAGUAUAUGUCCAUAAUUCGGCUAAAUUACAACUACCAUUGCCUCCUUUAGAUGUUUCAUUUUGGAAAAAUGUUCUGUCGUGGCAUUUUUUUUGUACCUCCAUUUGUUUUUCUUUUUUUGCAUUAUAUCAUUAGUCAUUGAAAAUGUUACAGACUCUGUUUUUAGUAUAUGGUUAGUUGUUGUGAUACAUGUACAAAUUUGAAAUAAAGGCUUUUAAGUA